CCGAGGUAACGGGAAAGGACAGUGUAGGCGCUCGAGGGGAGAAGCCAAAGAUUAGCCUGACCCGGGUCCUUGGAAAGCAACCGACAACAGGAAGGAAGCUUAUUAACCCCUCUGCUCCCCCUCCCUUUUCCCGGGGUGAGAAUCGGCUCCUCCUCCCGGGCGUGCGACCCCGGGGUAAAAUGCAAGCUGUCGCCUGCUUUCCGCACCCUGCGCGCGGCGCCCGGCGGAGGAAGAAGCAGGCGGCAAGGGCGCCGCCCCAGGCCGCGUGGAGCGAGUUCGUCUCUCCGGCGUGAACCUCCCGAGCGAGACGGCCUGGACCCCGCGACCGUCGCGCCAGCUAGGCACCGCAGGCGCCCCAUUUCCCAGUCUCUCUUCGGAGCUGGCAGUCUGCACCCCAAUCCCUAGCCUUAAUCCUCCUCAACACCACGGCGCCACCAACCCCGGUGCCUCGCGCAGGUGGCGCAAACGCCCCCGCCCUCGGGCGCCCCCUGCCGGGGAGAGGGAAGGCGGCGGCGGACGCGGAGGAGCCGGGCGCAGGGCGGGGAGAGAGCUCCGGCGCCGGGAAGAAGCCGGGAGCUUCCCUGAUGGUGCCGCCGCCUCCGAGCCGGGGAGGAGCGGCGAGGGGGCAGCUGGGCAAGAGCCUGGGUCCGCUUCUGCUGCUCCUGGCGCUGGGACACACGUGGAGCUACCGAGAGGAGCCCGAGGACGGCGACAGAGAAAUUUGCUCGGAAAACAAAAUCGUCACGACCACAUACCCGUGUCUGAAGCCUUCAGGCGAGCUCACGACGUGCUUCAGGCGGAAGUGCUGCAAAGGGUAUAAAUUUGUCCUUGGACAAUGCAUCCCAGAAGAUUAUGAUGUAUGUGCUGAGGCUCCCUGUGAACAGCAGUGCACAGAUAACUUCGGCCGAGUGCUGUGUACUUGUUACCCAGGAUACCGAUAUGACCGGGAGAGGCACCGGAGGCGGGAGAAGCCGUACUGUCUGGAUAUCGACGAGUGCGCCACCAGCAGCGAGACGCUGUGCGCGCACAUCUGCGUCAACACCUUGGGCAGCUACCGCUGUGAGUGCCGGGAGGGCUACGUCCAGGAGGAUGAUGGGAGGACGUGCACCAAGGGAGACAAAUACCCCAACGACACUGGGCACGAUGAGAAGGUGGAGAACGCGGUGAGAGCCGGCACCUGCUGUGCCACGUGCAAGGAGUUUCACCAGAUGAAGCAGACGGUGCUGCAGCUGAAGCAGAAGAUUGCCCUGCUACCCAACAGCGCUGCGGACCUGGGCAAGUACAUCACUGGCGACAAGGUGCUGGCCUCAAAUGCCUACAUUCCAGGACCACCUGGCCUGCCUGGGGGCCAGGGUCCCCCCGGCUCACCAGGACCAAAGGGGAGCCCAGGCUUCCCGGGUGUUCCAGGUCCCCCCGGGCAGCCCGGCCCGCGGGGCUCCAUGGGACCCAUGGGACCGUCUCCUGAUCUGUCCCACAUUAAGCAAGGCCGGAGGGGCCCCGUGGGCCCACCAGGUGCCCCAGGAAGAGAUGGUUCUAAGGGGGAAAGAGGAGCACCUGGCCCCAGAGGGUCUCCAGUAAGUAGCACCACCUGUCCUGCUUCCCCAGUGCAGUGUGCUCAGGGCUGCAGCUCUGAGGAGCCUGGACCCCCUGGUUCUUUCGACUUCCUGUUGCUCAUGCUGGCGGACAUCCGCAACGACAUCACCGAGCUGCAGGAAAAGGUGUUCGGGCACCGGACUGACUCUUCAGCAGAGGAGUUCCCGUUACCUCAGGAAUUUUCCAGCUCUCCAGAGACCAUGGACUUCGGCUCUGGAGAUGACAACCCCAAAAGAACUGAGACAAGAGACUUGGGAACCCACAGAGACUUCUAUCCUUAGCACACGCCGACAUCUUCACGCCAAAGGAAGAGCAGUGUUCGCCUGCAGUGAAAUCAUCCAAAGAACAGAACAGAACACCACUGGAGACCUAGAAAAGAUACGUUCUUUUUUUCUUUUUUUUAAACUCUUUUCCUUUCUCCUCCGUACUUCUCUUAUCCCAAACACUAUUUUCAGGCUAGACAUACUAAAGACAAGAGGGAGGAAAUGACUGAUUUACUUGCUUCCCCUGGAGAAUCUGCAGUGGAACUUUCCUUUGACUUCCUUAUUUCCCAGGGACUUCUGAUUUCUGAAUCAGGUACCCUCACAGUGUCUUAAAAUUUGGCAGACUAUCAAAAAGUGGGGAAUGGCAAGGCGAGUUCUAAGAAAAUGCGAGUUUACUUAUUAAAAAUAAUAGAUACGUGUCCAAAAUAGACUAUUACACCUCAGUGUCAAAGUUAAAUCAAAUUAAAUGAAUUAAAUCAAAUUAAGUCAAAUGAAAUCAAAAUUUUCAGUGAAAAGGGAGAGAUGACAAUGUAUAUUUAUCUUGGUGGAUAAUUCUUUUUCCUUGUCAAUCUAACAGAUUUAAAAUAUUCUGUUCUCUUAUCCAACCUUGUUUCCUAACUUUGAUUAAGGAAGGAGAGAAGGAGUGGAGAUUAGAAAAGAUGGAGAAAAAUUACAGUCCCAUAUUGACUGUCCUAUAAGCUGCCACAUACUGACACUCAAGAUGUGACAGUUAAGGGUUCCUACCACGCUUAUCUAUAACUAUCCUAUUUGAAGAAGAAAAUUACUGUCGCUGUAGGAAUAAAUUCCAUUGUCAAGACAAAAAGUAAGUGAAUGCAGUGCCCUGGUUCACAUUAGAACAGCGGGUUCCCGGUUGGCCAGGACGUUUUAAAGCUAUCUGAUCGAUUGAGUGAGCUUGCUUAGUAAACCAUAGAUUAUUUGUUAAACAAAGGUAACUGACCCUCAGGGAGAGGUGCCGAAUUCCCUGGCUGUGACCGGGUGCCCGCCGGGUGCCAUUAGGCUGUGAUCCAGGUUGAAUCGGUGUACGGUGGUGCUCAGGCUGGAAGAGGCUGCCUGCUCGGGUUGUUGGCCAUGGGGCAGAAGAACCUUGGGUAGGGGACCUGCUGCGUCACAGAGGCAGGUAAAUGUGCUGUCUGUGGGAAUUAGAAGCCCUUGUCAGGGGCCAGCCAAGCUUGCCAGCGUGUUGAGACUAACACAUGAUUGAAAGAUCUCUUGGAUGAGGGAGGGGCAAAACAACAGUUUUCCUCGUUUGCUAAAAACUUCCUCCCGGUUUUUCCUUAAUUUUCCAUAAUUUAGUCCUAGUUGCAGUUCUUGCAGGUCUUCUUGAUUUCCUUUCCUCGGCAAACACAGGAAGCAGCUGGCAAAGUAUAUUCCCAAACCUCCCCUGGAGUCAGUGUUCGCUCUUACACUUCUGGGUCCCAGAAGGACACACAUUCCGGAAAAGGCUUUCUUCUCUGGAACCACAGGAGCACGAGUGCUCAAGGGAGGGGCAGGAACGUCUGCCACAUUGUAAUAUUGUUGGGGAACCUCUUGGUUUUAAUGGGCAGCUUACAGGCUCCUUCAGGUUCACUUUGUGGCUUUGUCGUUUGACACCCAGAAUGACGUUUCAUCGACCUGUUCAGGAGACCUUUGCGCUUAUAUUAAGCUUCACAAAGGACCGUUGUUACAACUUUUCUUUGCUCAUGUUCCCAUUUCCCACCCUGCAGUGUCCCCAUGACUUUCUGGGCGGUUUGUGUUUAAUUUUCUUUUUCCAUCUCCUUUUAGCCUACAUCAUUUCACUCUCCUGGGAGAGCUUGUUUAAAGACAACCACCGUGGGUGUUUAUAUUGCCACUUUUCAAUCUUUCUUCAGAACGAUAGGAAGGGCUUGUGUUUGCAAAUCUCAAGUGACACCAGCCUUCCUUCUCUCAUCCCCAUCCUGUUAGAGACACAGGGCUCCAGUCAGCCAGCCAGUGGCUAAGUUUUUCACCAACACUUGACUCCGCUGUUUCUUACUCACGCAAAGUCCCCGGUGACUGUCCACCAAAGUGUUACAGCUGAAAGCGAACGCAUCCUCAGUGCUCCUUUUCUAGGAUCUUUCCUGCCCCCCUUCAGCCUCUCCAGAAUCUAAUCUUCACAGCAGAAGCACUCGCCAGCCACGGGUUCGCAGAGAUGAACUGAGCAGAUGUUGAUUCCCAUCUGGUAUAUAUAUUUAACGUUUGCCUGCUUGUGGGACGCAGUAUUUAAAGUGUGUGGAUGGAUGAAUGCUAAAAAAAAAAAAAAAAAAACAUGCACAGGCUCUGUGAGAAAUGAUGAGGUUCAUCUUUGAUUUUUUUUUUUAAUGAAGAAUUUAAUUACCUUUUUAACCAUGAACUGCAUGUAGAAAUAGAAUUUUCUUCUCUGUUGUUGAGUACUCAUAAAAUGCAACGAAAUUGCGUGUUCAGCCAGAGGCUAGGGUAAUAUAUUAACAGGAUGAAUGGAAGGUGGUAAUAUCUGGGAUUUGUGAGACGAUUCUGGAUAAGAUUUUCUAACAAAACACACGGUAACCUGUAUUUUAUCAUCUCAAUCUGCUGGAUCAGGUCAACUUAUACAAUAAUUAUUUAUCCUCAGAUUUUCAAAACUUGGACUGCUACCAUAGGACUAAAUAUGUACUCUGUAUGCCCAAAUUAUAUUU